CAACAAGAAGAAGCCAAUGUGCUCGUACUGAAGUGAAUCUAUCUUUAAUAAUGCAGUCGGAAGAAGAGGAACACAUCAGCCCUGUGGAUCUAGAAGAUGAAGGAUUCCUGAAGAUAGUAAUAAAAGAGGAAGAAUCUGAAGAUGAAAGUUUCUUCUGUGAAGAAUCAUUCAUCCCUGUGGAACACGACACCUCUGAGGAACAUCUCACCCCAGGUUUCCAGCCUCUAAAGGAGGAACCAGAAGAUGAAGAUGAUCUCAGAUUGACGCCCACCAGAAGCUCCAGUGAUCAGCAGACGUCCUCUGGUGCUGUCAGCAUUAACAGCUCUCUCACCAGAGAACAGAACAGAAGGAACGUCUGCUCACAGUGUGGGAAGAGCUUCAGUUCUCUGAGUGCUUUCAAAACCCACCAGCGCAUUCACACUGGAGAGAAACCGUAUCAGUGCUCACAGUGCAUGAUCAGUUUUCGUCAACCGAGCCAUCUCCAAAGACACCAGCGCAUUCACACUGGAGAGAAACCCUAUCAGUGCUCACAGUGCGGGAGGAGAUUUAAUCAACAGAGCGAUCUCAAAAUCCACCAGCGCAUUCACACUGGAGAGAAACCGUAUCAGUGCUCACAAUGCGAAAAGAGUUUUAAUCAUCUCAGUGAUCUCAAAAGACACCAGCGCAUUCACACUGGAGAGAAACCCUAUCAGUGCUCACAGUGCGGGAAGAGCUUUAAUCAUCUCGGUGAUCUCGAAAGACACCAGCGCAUUCACACUGGAGAGAAACCGCAUCAGUGCUCACAAUGCGAAAAGAGUUUUAAUCAUCUCAGUGAUCUCAAAAGACACCAGCGCAUUCACACGGAUGAGAAAAUGUAUCAGUGCUAAGAUUGUGAAGUUUUUAUUAACACUAGAACACUGACACCUUUGCUUAAAAUAUGGAAAGACUUUUACUGACAAAGUCAACCAGCAGGUGGUUUUGCAUCGUCUUGUUGAAAGAUGCUGGACGUCCCUGGAAAAGACGACGCCCUGAAGGCAGCACAUGUUGCUCUAAGAUCUCAAUGUGUUCUUCCGCAUUAAUGCUGCAUCACAGAAGACCACAUACCAAGACGGACUCUGACUUUUAAGCAGUACAUGUUUUUUACUGUGUGAUGGUCCAUCCUAGAUGCCUCCGAGCCCAGAGAAGUCGACGUCGCUUCUGGACAUGGUUAACAUAAGGCUUCUUUUUUUGCACAGUAAAGUUUUAAGUAUCAUUUGUGCAGUAACUCUGUAUUGUAGAGCUUGAUAAAGGUUUGAUAAACUAAUCCCUCACCCAUGUGGUUAUAUCAGCUAGUGUUGAGUUCUUGAUGCGGCUCCGUCUGAGGGAAAAAAGAUCACUUGUGUUCAGCGUAGGUUUGUGUAUUUAGUUUAUUUUUUUGCUUUUUUAACCUGGUGUCAUCUUAGGUUUAUACUACUGCAUUAAAUAAACAUGGUUAUGG